AUGUCGGAGCUCAUCAAGCACUUCGAGACCCUGCAGCUGCACGGCGGACAAGAACCAGACUCUGCUACAAAUUCAAGGGCUGUACCAAUCUACGCAACAACUAGCUAUAUCUUCAACGACUCAGCCCACGGCGCGAGGCUGUUCGGCCUCAAGGAGUUCGGCAACAUAUACAGCCGUAUCAUGAACCCGACGGUGGACGUGUUUGAGAAGCGUAUCGCAGCACUCGAGGGAGGCGUGGCCGCAGUUGCCGCCUCGUCAGGUCAAGCGGCGCAGUUCAUGACCAUCGCCGCCCUGGCCCACGCGGGGGACAACAUCGUAUCUACCUCGAACCUGUACGGCGGUACCUACAACCAGUUCAAGGUUGCCUUCCCGCGCCUGGGAAUCUCCACCAAGUUCGUCGACGGCGACAAGCCGGAGGAGCUGGCCGCUGCCAUCGAUGACAAGACGAAGGCCGUGUACGUCGAGAGCAUCGGCAACCCGCGGUACAACAUCCCGGACCUGGAGAAGAUCGCGGAGCUGGCCCAUGAGAAGGGGGUUCCGGUUAUAGUUGAUAACACCUUCGGCGCGGGCGGCUACUUCAUCCGGCCCAUCGAGCACGGAGCCGACAUCGUCGUCCACUCAGCAACCAAGUGGAUCGGAGGCCACGGCACAACCAUCGGGGGCGUGAUCGUCGACUCGGGCAAGUUCGACUGGGGCAAGCACGGGAAGCGGUUCCCACAGAUGGUCGAGCCCUCGGACGGGUACCACGGGCUCAAGUUCUGGGAGACAUUCGGGGCCAUCACAUUCAUCAUCCGCGUGCGGGUCGAGGUGCUGCGCGACCUGGGCGCCUGCCUGAACCCCUUCGCCGCGCAGCAGCUGCUGCUGGGCCUCGAGACGCUGUCGCUGCGCGCGGAGCGGCACGCGCAGAACGCGCUGGCGCUGGCGCGGUACCUCGAGAAGAGCCCGUACGUCAGCUGGGUGUCGUACCCGGGGCUGGAGAGCCACCCGAGCCACGAGCUGGCCAAGAGGUACCUCAAGAGGGGCUCGGGCGGCGUGCUCAGCUUCGGCGUCAAGGGCGGCGGCAAGGCGGGCAGCCAGAUCGUGGACGGCUUCAAGCUCAUCUCGAACCUGGCCAACGUGGGCGACUCCAAGACGCUGGCGAUCCACCCCUGGACCACGACGCACGAGCAGCUGUCGGACGAGGAGAAGACGAGCUCGGGGACGACCGAGGACCUCAUCCGGAUCUCGGUGGGUACGGAGCAUAUCGACGACAUUAUUGCCGAUUUCGAGCAGUCCUUCAAGGCCGCAUCUGCCGCCACGACUGAGGGCAAGGAAGGCAAGCCCGAGGAUAAGGAGCACGAGGCCGCGCCGACCGUCGUCUGA